AUCUGAGAAGUGAAGAUGGCUGUGGAGUCAAUGAGCUGUGUGCGCCAAAUCCAUUGAUUAAAAAAGGCCAAGAUAAAAUGUAUUUCCUUAUUGUUUGUCACGCGAUUUUCUGAAAAGAGAGAAUAAACUACGAAUAAAGCUGUGAAACAGCAAGUGAUGGGAAGAUGGUGAGGGAGCAGAUUUGCUACUGGUAUGGGUUCUCAAAUGCUAGAAAUUUUGAGACAAAGCGUCUGGGCGAGUCUGACAGGAGGCUGGUUUUACGAUCCCCAUCUCGACGUUUUUUCGAACCUCUUUCAUCUUUAUAUUUGGCUUUUUCUGCUCUGCCUGCCACUCAGCAUAUAUGUUUAUUUCCCACCAACACUGUAUGUUUGGUUAGCAUAUUGUUUUUUGAUUGGAGUACUUUUUGGUACAAUAAAGUGUGUCAAUCAUGCGCUCCAUUGUGUGUAUGAUACAACCGAAUGUUUAGAAGAAUCAGGUCAAAAUGUCAGUCAACAAAGGUCAGAGAGCGAGAAAAGACGCAUAGCACAUAACAAAUGCAGAGUACAAUCUCAAGAUCAAAUAGAUCAUGGAAUAGAGCUACAAGUUUUAAAUGGAAAAACAGACACACCACCUGUAGAAUGCUCAUCUCGUAAUUCUUUCAUCGAGUCAAAUGCGCAAAAUGCAGAUGCAGAUAGCAUAACAUCAGAAUACAAUCGAGAUAAACCUAGUUCAACUAUGGAUUUGAAAGUAGAAAUCCAUAGAAAAAAUAGUUCAGAAAGUUCAGAAGAAGCACAGCAGAUGACUAAACAAAUGGUACCGAGUAUAAAUGUACAUGAAGAAGAAUUAGCUGAAGAGUAUUAUGUAAAUAUAAUAAAUGACAUAAGUUUGACUCGAAAUAAAUGUAUGACUAUUGCUGAUGAAAAAAGGAAAGAAAAAAGGAAGUUGUGUGGGCUUCCAUCAGAAGAUUUACGAAAUCGUCAUUCCAAACAGUGUAGUCUUGGUAAAACAGGUUCUGAAAGCCAAAUUAAGCAAACAAGUUCAUUGGAGUUGGAACAUCAUGGAGAUGAUUAUUCUUAUUGGAAAUCUAACCAAAGUGUACGGCUCAAUCCUAAUUUCAUUCCAAUGGAAACUCACCUAUUGAAUGAUCAUCCACAAAGUUUAGAAAUUAUAUCGAAGAAAGAAAACACAGAUAAAAAUAAGAUUUCGUCGCAUCCCCAAUCUUUAGAGGUCAUUACAAAAAAGCCACAUCAACAACUUAUUCAUCCACAAAGUCUUGAAACAAUUGGUGCUGCUAGUAAAAAUAUAAGUACUACAGAUGACAAUAAUUUGCCGCUUCACCCGCAAAGUCUUGAAACAAUCAAUGCUAAAAAGGUAUUACCUCAAGCCACACUAAAAAAAAAUCAGUUACAAUUAUUACCAUAUCUUAGUUGUGGAUCAGAAAUAGUGCAUCCUAUAGCAGAACAAAGUGACGAACAAUUUGCUAACGAAAGUUCUGCAGGGUAUACUUUCCGAGAUUCUUACAGUCCAUUACUUACUCGAAAAGCUUGUGAAUCAAAUGCUACCUCUAAUCGGGAUAGAAGUCUUAGUACUAGCCGAUUUGUAGAUAGAUAUUCAAGAUUUUAUGGAGAUGGUGGUAUAGAUAAUGAUUCUGCGAAUUCUCGAGAUGCGUUAAUUGAAGAACUAAAGCCCAGUAUCAAAAGAAGAUACAGCAAUGCAAGCCAAAGUAGUCAUGAUAAACUGAAGUAUAAGCAAGAUAAACUGAAGUAUAAGCAAGAAAAAAUGAAAAGUUUGGAUGAUCCAUUGAAUGCUGGAAGCGUGGUUGGUAUAGAUCGAUUGUUUGAAGGCGGCGAUUGCUCACUGGAACCAAGAACAAAUAAGAAUAUGCAUAAUAAAGAACCAGAAUCCGGUUCGUCUAGUACAACGACAUUGAGUUUUGAAAACGAAGUGAAAAGAAUGUUACUUCCGCCAUUAGAAACAGAUAACAAACGACACCAAGGUGCGAUACCCAAACAAAGCCGUCCAAAACCUGCAGUAGAGACCACUGAUGAUAAUAAUACAACUUCCGAAAACGUUUGGACAAGACGUAAACGACCGGUAGUUAUAAUGUUCUCCUCUGGUCGAGAUUUGACUAAUUUAAGAUUAAGUCGCAAUUUGGAUAAACGAGACAUGUUAGCAAGACGAAACGCUCUAGCACCAGUAUGGACACAAGACGAAUUACGAGAAAAAAUUCGAGACGACAGUGUUGUACCAUUAUACACUGAUCUGUUCGAUGAAAAAGGAUUUGUGAAUAAUACAUUGUUGCGACAACAACUGACUCAUUUCCACGCGAACAGAGAGCUUGCAGAUUCUCUGAGCAAUAGUUAUAGCAGUAUGUCUUUAAAUUCUGCUGGUUUAAGUGUCUACAUAGAUACUCCACCCGUUCUAUCGAGUCCAGAAAGCAACCAAACGAAGGCACAAAAUUCAGUAGCAUCGAAUUUAGUCUCUUCAAAUCAGUGUACCAUAGAAACUUUAGGACGAGAUCAAUUUCAUCAAGACAUAAUAUCGCGUAUAGGGACAAUGACGGAUAGAAAUCGAGGAUUACAAAAUUUAUUAGAGUAUUUCCAUUUAAAUCUUUAUCAGUCUGCUUCGAAUUGGAGAAUGCCUGCUUUAACGUUACCAACUCAUCAAGAAGAUAUAAGAUUAUCGUGGAAUCGACUAGCUGCCUUUGAUGUAUUUAAUUCAAAACCUAAACAGACAGGUCAUUAUUAUAAGUGGAAAAUAGGCAAAUUACCGCAUAUAAAAGUGCGAUUCGAUCGUUUGUUUUUAUUGGUUUUGCUAGACCAAAAUUUGACUAUUUUUGAGACCAUAGUCUCCACACUUUUAGCGGUGGCUGUUGCAGGACUAGGUCUUAUAUUACUUCAACAAGGUCUCUAUCGAGAUAUAUUCGCUUUUAUGUUCUGUUUUGUAACAGCCGGGUGUCAGUAUUCAUUAUUAAAAUCUGUUCAGCCUGACGCUGCUUCACCGACACAUGGUUUUAAUCGCAUUACAGUAUUUUCUCGGCCUAUUUAUUACAUACUAUGUUCAGGAUGUAUAUUAAUCUUUAAUGAAUGCUUGAGAAACUUUAAACAAUCUGAGUUUCUAAUAUACGGCUUUCGAGUUGCUGAUUACGAUGUUAUAUUACAAAUUCGAAAUGUUUUAUUAAUUUUUCUUCUAUGUUUUCCAAUCGUGUUUUCAUUAGGUUUAUUUCCUCAAAUUAAUACCUUUUUAAUGUAUCUAUGUGAGCAUAUAGACAUUCAUUUAUUUGGUGGAAAUGCAACAACCAGUCUAGUCUCUUCACUAUAUUGUCUCUGUCGCAGCAUUGUCACUGUCGUUAUACUAUAUGGAUUUGCUUAUGGAGCAAUUACAGAACCCAAAUCCUCGCAACAUAUUUUGUUCUCGGUUUUUGCGGGUUUAUUAGUUGCUAUAUCUUAUCAUUUGAGCCGAUCAUCCUCAGAUCCUACUGUUAUAUGGGACAUUGUUAAAGUAAGUUUAUGGCCAUCAGAAAUUUAUACAGAAGAGAAAGAAGCCAAGAUCAUCGAGAAUACAUCUCGUAAAGAUAAUAUGUCGGCAACAUACGAGGAAACGAAAAUUAGAACAUCAGGAAGAAAAAAACAUGUGAAAAUUAAAGUUGGUGAACAAAUGUCGGAUGCGGAACUAGUGGAUCCUUUACCUAAAAAAUUAAGAGCCACAGUGUAUGCAAGAUUGAAGAAUGAUUUAGUGAUAUGCGCUGUAAUAGGUACCUUAUCGUUUGGAAUCCACUGUUCCACUGUAUUUACAGCUUUACAACCCGAACUGAAUCCAGUUUUGUGGGGUAUCGUAAGCUGCCUAGGAUUUCUGUUACAUUACAUAGUGCCACAGCUUCGAAAACAAUUACCAUGGUUGUGCUUAUCGAGGCCAGUACUGCGUAGUCGUGAACAUGCACAAUUUGAAGUACGUGAGCCAGUAAAGAUCAUGUGGUUCGAAAAGGCGUAUGUUUAUCUUUCUUUCAUAGAAAGAAACGUUCUAUAUCCAAUAGUAUUCCUAGGAGCGCUCACCGAAUGUUCCUCAAAAAUUGUAAACAAAUUUGGAGAAAGCGUGGGCACAUUAAUCAUAGUUGUAUGCGGAUUGAAGUCUUUGAGAUCUUCAUACUCUGAUCCAUCGACACGAUACCUAGUUCUAAUCUUUGCAGUGUUAUUCUUCAAGUUAGACUUCCGAGAACGUAGUGAAACCUUUCUCGUCGAUUAUUUUGUCACUGGAAUAGCAUUUGCAAAGAUUUACGAAUUAUUGUUGAAGAUAAGAUUUGUUGUUACGUAUAUUGCGCCUUGGCAAAUCACCUGGGGCAGCGCGUUCCACGCUUUUGCCCAACCGAUAUCGGUCCCACAUUCUGCCAUGUUAUUCUUGCAAGCAGGCAUUUCUGCUAUUCUAAGUACUCCAUUGAGUCCACUUUUGGGAAGCGCAAUUUUUAUAUCUUCAUACGUGCGUCCUGUGAAGUUUUGGGAAAGAGAUUACAAAACUAGGAGAGUGGACCAUUCAAACACACGUAUGUCUUCGCAUUUAGAUCGUAAUCCAGGUGCGGAUGACAAUAAUCUGAAUUCAAUUUUCUACGAGCAACUAACGAGAUCGUUGCAACACAGUCUUUACGGAGACCUCGCUCUUGGUCGCUGGGGAAACGUGGAACAAGGCGAUUGUUUUUUAUUAGCAUCCGAUUACUUGAACUGCUUAGUGCAUAUUGUACAAUUGGGAAAUGGGUUAGUAACUUUUCAAUUAAGAGGUCUUGAAUUUAGAGGAACAUAUUGUCAGCAAAGAGAGGUGGAAGCAAUCUCUGAAGGUAUCGAAGAGAAUGAUGAUUGUUGUUGCUGUGUAAUGGGGCAUUUCUCAAAUGUGUUGAGUGUAAAUGCAGCUUUCAGUCAGCGUUGGCUAGCUUGGGAAGUUGUAAAUGCCAAGUAUGUUUUAGAGGGAUACUCAAUUUCGGAUAAUUCAGCAGUUUCUAUGCUUCAAACGUUCGAGUUCCGCAAAGCAUUGGUUACCUUCUAUGUGAAAAGUAUUAUUUUUUACACUGUCAAAUCGUCAAAGUUGAAAUACUGGUUAGGAAACGCUGAUAUUUCUGAGGCCUUAAAAAUAACCCUCGACAAGAAUUUCGUGGAUCUAGAUCCCGUUUUCAAAAUGAACAUCGAUGAGGAUUACGACUUUCGCGCUAUUGGAAUUACAAGAAGCAGCUUUUGUAACGUUUAUUUGGAUUGGAUACAAUUCUGUGUUACCAAACAUGAUAAGACGCUAGAUAAAUCAAGGGAUUCGCCAUUGGUAUCUUUAUGUCUUGCAUUAAGCCUUUUGGGAAGACGCGCUUUGGGUGCCGCAUGUCAUAAUACUGUGACAAAUGUUGAAUUUUUUAUCUAUGGAUUACAUGCACUUUUUAAAGGAGACUUCCGCAUAACAUCAGUUCGAGAUGAGUGGGUGUUACACGAUGUAGAUUUAUUGCGCAGUGUUGUAGCAAAAGGUCUAAGAAUGGCAUUGAAACUACAUCAAGAUUAUUUCAUGAGUCCAGACUUAUACGUGGAAUUAGCUCCUCUUUACGAUGCUAUAGGCAGUCACGAUAAAAAUCUUGUAAUUAGUCAUGAAGCUGACCCAAUGUGGAGAAAUGCUGUUUUAAAUGGUGCACCCAGUCUUCUAGCGCUUAGGUACGUACUCGAAGACGGCAUGGACGAAUAUAAAGUGAUUAUGCUUAAUAAACGAUUCUUAAGCUUUCGAGUAAUUAAAAUGAAUCGUGAAUGCGUGCGUGGCUUAUGGGCUGGGCAGCAACAGGAAUUAGUAUAUCUAAGAAAUCGAAAUCCAGAGCGUGGUUCAAUACAAAACGCGAAACAGGUUCUCAGAAAUAUAAUAAAUAGCUCUUGCGAUCAACCAAUCGGCUAUCCAAUUUACGUUUCACCAUUGACAACCAGUUACGCUGAGACUAACGAGCAAUUGUGUUCCUUGGUCGGAGGACAUAUAAGUCUGUGUGUAAUUAAGCGUAAUGUCUUCAAAUUAUGGGAAAGAAUCAGAAGAAGAUGCGGUCAAGGCUGUUCUUCUGGUGGAACAGGAUCUCAAGAUGAUGGAGGUUUUGGAAACGAUGGAGUAUAUGCAAUGACCACCUACAAUAUUCAUUCAGGGUAUGGUCAGUCGGGUUACAACACAUCUGGUUCACAAUCUAUAGAUUCCGGAUGUCAAAUCGGUGGAUCAACUGGCCGUGGUUCUUUAGGAAGAGCAAAUACAGCAUCUCUUGGUGGCAACAGAGGAUCAUUAGCUUCAGUUGGUAAGCCCACGAGCUCAACAUUAGCCAGUUUAGCUGGUCUUCUUAGCAAUACCGAUAUUAAAACUGAAACUAAGAGUGAAACCAGCUUUUCUGGUAAAGUUGAAAAAGAAGAAGUUCUCCAAAGAGUGCGUAUCAUAGAUCCCAAUCAAGUAUACGAUGCAAUUAACCUGGGUCGUCGAAUAGAUGUAAUUUGGCCUGAUGAAAGAAUGAGACAACAGGGUGGCAGAUCUGGAUGGAAACAUUGGGUACCCGAAAGAGGUAUGGAGGGAUGUGUUGUUCAUUGUUGGUUUCCUAAUCAUCGUGAUCCGAAUCGACGAUCUCACGUGGAUAAAGUCAUCUUACUUGUCAAAAUUGACGAUAAAUAUGUUCCGGUAGCGGAACAGGGUGUACGAGAUUUAGGAGCAGAAGUGUGAUGAAGUAUUUUUGAACAUUCUGUAGUGAUACACAUUCUGACAAUUUUCGUACAGACAUUUUAAAAAAAAAGAAAACACCGUGGUUAUUGAUAUUAACACAUUAAAAAUGAAAAUUCAUUCCAACAUAAAGUAAUAAAUACAAAGAUUUUUGAUGGAAAAUUAUUCUUGAAAUUGUACAUAAUGAAAAUCGACGAAUUUUAAAACUAGUUUGUUAAUUCAAUUAUAAUAUAUAACUAUGAAAUACUCUUCUCUAUUUCAACCUCUCGGAGAUUUUCAUUCAUUCAACACUUCUUUUCAUUAACAUUAUUCACUCGCUUCUGCAUUUCUCCCAUCGCGAUCAUUAUUCAGUAAUUAUAGAUUUUCAGAAACAUUUUGGAGAAAAUCGUAACUUUGAAAAGUUUGCAUAAAUCAUGAUUAAAUAUUUUGCCACUUCCAACUAUGAUUCAAAUAUAACUUCUUACGUGGUUACUGAGAAGACUAAUGUCAAUCGCCAAGUUAUUCAAUGCAAGGUAAAUUGUACCAUGUUGUAUUAUACUGUGUAUCAUAUAACUAUUAGAUAAUUUAAUAGUUAAUGGGAACUACAUGUUACUUGUUGUUACAAUAAAUUAUUAUAUUUAUCACUUGGACAUAAAACCAGAAA